CUUCUUGAGCCUUCACAGGACAGUGUUCUCACGACGUUCUCCCUCUCAUCCCACAACCAUGUCCGCCCUUCGGAUCCUCGUCCCCGUGAAGCGGGUCAAACCCCGCGUCAACAAAGCCCAAACGGCCGUCGAAACGGCGGCGUAAAGCACAGCAUGAACCCCUUUGACGAACUCUCAAUCGAAGAAUCUGUGCGCAUCCGCGAGAAGAAAUCUUACCCGCACGGCGUCUCCGACAUCAUCGCCUUCACAUGCGGCCCUCCCAAGUCGGCAGAUAUCCUGCGCACGGCUAUGGCCAUGGGCGCCGACCGCAGCAUCCACGUCGAGACGAAAGACGGCGAUGAGAUUGAACCUCUGAGCAUCGCGAAACUGCUGAGGGCAGUGGUGGAGAAGGAGAAGGUUGACCUGGUGGUGCUGGGCAAGCAGAGUAUCGAUGAUGAUGCGGGGCAGACGGGGCAGAUGCUGGCGGGGUUGCUGGGGUGGGCGCAGGCUACGCAGGCGAGUAAAGUUAGUUUUGACGGGGAUGGGAAGGGGGUUGUUGUUGAGAAGGAGGUGGAUGGGGGUUCGGAGACGACGAGGAGUAAUUUGCCAAUGGUGGUUACGGCUGAUUUGAGGUUGAAUGAGCCGAGAUAUGCUAGUUUGCCGAAUAUUAUGAAGGCGAAGAAGAAGAAGAUUGAGAAGAUUACGGCGGAGGAGUUGGGAGUGGAUUUAGGGAAGAGGUUGAAGACGCUGAAGGUUAUCGAACCACCGCCAAGACAGGGAGGUGGAAAGGUUGAGGAUGUUGAUGGGAUGGUUGCCAAGUUGAAGGAAUUGGGUGCGAUAUAG